UCUUCCCGAGUGCACUCGUAUUCUUAGAGAUGAAGUAAUACCGAAAAAACGGUAGUGAACAGAUACACGUUUUGCUGGGUCUGCAUGGUGCAAUAUGUAAUUAUUUAAGUACUGUCUAUCAUCUGCUUAUCCAUUGCUUUCUUUUGUGCACGUUAAAACGUGCUGGAAUGGAGGACUUUUGCAAUGGAUCAGUUUUAUGGAAUACCAGCUUAACAUGGAGAAACAGCUGGCCAGAGUUCACAGACUGCUUCCAGUUUACUGUGUUGAUCUGGGUAGCCAGUGGCUGGCUCUGGAUUACCUCCCCUUUUUACGUCUAUUACUUGGCAAUACAAAAAGACUGUCCCAACCCUGUUACUCUCAAGUUUGUUGCAAAAGUAGUGUUAACUGUGUGUUCCCUUACCCCUGUAGUUAUAGAAAUAGUAUCGACGGCUCAUGAUUUGUCAGCCUCUAAGUCUUAUUUUAAAGCCUGGUUGAUUGGGCCAUGUAUAGAAGCAGUUACACUGCUUUUAGUUUUGCUAUACAUAUUCCUAGAGAGACAGAAGGGAUUUGUGACUUCAGGGGUGCUGUUCAUGUAUUGGACCAUUAACAUCAUAACAUGUAUCAUUCCAUUCUACCAUAUGAUCAUCACAAAGGAAUACCAGGACAAGCCCCUGAGUUUUAGUGUCUUUAAUGUUUAUUUUGGUUUGGCCAUUCUUCAGUGGAUCCUUUACUGUUCUUCAGACAAAACCAGCAUCCCAGAAACAGAGAAAGAAUGUCCAGAACAACGAGCAUCAUUUCUAUCACGAAUAACAUUUUGGUGGAUAAACAGUUUGAUGAUUUCUGGCUACAAAACACCAGUGACAGAAGAUAUAUUUUCAUUAAAUCCAAGAGAACAGUCCAAAACUGUCAUACCAAGAUUCGAGGCUAAAUGGGAGAGAGAGAAGGAAAAAUUUAAGCAAGAACAAAAAAAUAAAAAGUCCCUUACCGUUUCUGUGGUGCCAGGCCCCACCUCUGAGAUGCAGCACUCAAGUAACUAUACAAGCAUACAAGAGGAGACCUCAGAGAAAUCACCACUUCUGCCUAAAAGUGAAGAAGAAAAAUCAAAGAGAGAAACCAAAGUUCCAGGGCCCUCUUUGUUAAAUGUGCUCUUUAAAACGUUUGGAUGGGAACUGCUCCAUGCACAGAUAUUCAAGCUUUUUUAUGAUGUUCUUGUUUUUGUUCUGCCUCAACUUUUGAAGUACCUAAUCCAGUAUUCUAAGAAUGACCCCAAUGACACCACGUGGAGGGAGAACUGGAAAGGCUAUGUGUUGGCGGCUGGCUUUUUCCUGACCGUUCUUCUGCAGUCCGUUUUCUUCCAUCAGCUGUUCUACUGGAGUGUGGCAUUAGGACUCAGGGUCAGGGCUUGUUUAGUGUCAGCUGUGUAUAAAAAGGCUUUAACAAUGAACAAUGAAGCAAGAAAGGGUUCCACUGUGGGUGAGAUAGUGAACUUGAUGUCAGUGGACACAGAAAAUAUUCAACAUUUGAUCCCUUAUCUGUGGUCGGCCUGGUCAUCUCUCCUUCAGACAGGUGUCGCCCUCUACUUCCUGUACGACACUUUUAAAUACGCCAUGUUUGCUGGUCUAGGAUUCAUUAUUCUUUUGUUUCCUUUCAAUGGAUUCAUCAUGAGUAAAAUGCAAACAUUACAGAAAGCCAAAAUGAAAGAAAAAGACAAUCGUAUAAAACUCCUGACAGAAGUUCUGAAUGGUAUCAAGAUUCUGAAAUUAUAUGCUUGGGAAAUGUCCUUCAAAGACAAGAUAGAGGCAAUUCGGAAUGUAGAGUUAAGCAUCUUAAAAAAGGAGAGCAUGAUUGGUCUUUUCUUUUGGUUGUCAUGGAUAUUGGCUCCAUAUAUGGUUUCAAUGUUAACAUUCGGUGUUUAUGUGUAUACCAUCGACACCCAUUUCCUGUCUCCUGAGGUAGCCUUUGUGGGAAUUACCUUGCUUAAUAUUCUACGCUUUGCCGUGAAUAUGGCCCCCUACAUAAUGACAGAGGUGGUGAAGGCUGUUGUCUCUCUCAAUAGACUGAAGAAUUUCCUGAAUAAUCCAGAUCUGGACACAGAGUGUGUAACACACAGUCGAAUGGGAGAUGAUGCAAUAACCAUAAAUCAAGGCAGCUUUAUGUGGGAUCCUGAAGUUGGUGAAUGCUUCAGCUUGAAAAACAUUGAUCUGACUAUUGAGGAGGGAAGUCUAGUAGCCAUAGUAGGACAGGUGGGAUCAGGAAAGUCCUCCAUAUUAUCGGCCAUGUUGGGAGAAAUGAUCAAGGUCAAAGGUCAAGUUAAUGUCAGGGGCACUGUGGCGUAUGUUCCCCAGCAAGCCUGGAUUCAGAACAACAGUGUGCAAAACAACAUUUUAUUCAGUCGGCCAAUGAGAUCUGCUUUCUACCAAAAAGUCAUCAAAGAGUGUGCUCUACAGCCAGACCUUGACAUACUGCCCUCUGGUGACCAGACAGAAAUAGGAGAAAAUGGAGUUAAUCUUAGUGGUGGACAGAAGCAGAGAGUGAGUUUGGCCAGAGCUGUAUACCAUGACACACACAUCUAUCUCCUAGAUGAUCCUCUGUCUGCUGUAGAUUCCCAUGUUGGCAAACAUUUGUUUGAUGAAGUAAUAGGAAAUACAGGGAUGCUUAAAAACAAGACAAGAGUUUUGGUCACUCAUGGCAUACACUGGCUGCCAAAGGUAGACAAGAUUGUGGUGCUGGUUAACGGCCAUGUAUCAGAGGUCGGGUCGUAUGAGGAGCUGGUCGACCAUGCUGGACCUUUUGCCGAGUUCCUCAGCACAUACCUCACCGGGGAGAAAGAAAAAGAAGAGACGGAGGAGGAUCCAGAAGUGCGAGAAGCCAAAGAGAAAAUCUUACAGCGACUGAUAUCUGUGAAGUCAUAUGACGAGGAUUUUGACACAAACAGGGUUUCAGAGUCUGAAAGUGAGAAGACAACUUUACUUCGUCAGCGAAGUGUGACACAGAAAGAUGAGAAAACCGUAGAGAAAAAGAACAAACAGUCAAAGAACCACAAACUUAUAGAAGAGGAAAAGGCUGAAAUAGGCAGUGUGAAGCUGAGUGUUUUCUUAGAGUACGCCCGAGCCCUAGGAAUGCCUUACUUCAUAAUAUAUCUAGUGCUGCAUGUUGUAUUUAUUGUCGUUUGUAUAUUUUCCACGACUUGGAUAAGUUACUGGACGGAGGAUGCGACUCUGAAGAAUUCCUCCGUUCUCGGGAACAGUUCACUGCGCCGGGAGAAGAAUGACUUCUACUUCGGUAUUUAUGGUGGCUUGGGAGGAGUGCAGGCUGUGCUCAUUGUCAUCCUACAAUUUGUCUUUGUGCUUCGCACCAUUAUCGCCUCAAGAACUCUCCACCAGAAAAUGCUAUUUAACAUUGUGCGCUCACCCAUGUCCUUCUUUGAUACGACCCCUGUAGGUCGCAUAGUAAAUAGAUUCUCUGAUGACAUCGGCACCAUUGAUGGAGAGUUGCCCAAUACGUUUUUUAUGUUUGCCGACUGCCUGUUGAUGGUGGUGGGAGCAUUGAUUGUCAUCUCAUUCAGUACCCCUAUAUUUAUGACUGUUAUCCUGCCUCUGGGGAUUCUUUACUUCCUGGCACAGAGAUUUUACAUUGCAACUUCCCGCCAGCUAAAACGAUUAGAGUCUAAGACGCGUUCUCCCAUCUACAGCCAUUUUGGUGAGACCGUUACUGGAGCAAGUGUCAUCAGAGCCUUUGGAUUACAGAAUGAGUUUAUUCUUGAGUCCCAAAAACGAGUAGAUAAAAACCAGGUCUUCACUUUUGCCAGUAACACUGCUAAUAGGUGGCUUGGAUUCAGGUUGGAACUCCUGGGAAAUUUCGUAGUUCUGGCAGCAGCCAUCUUUGCCGUUCUGGCCAGAGAUACAAUACAGGGAGGGAUAGUGGGGCUCUCUAUUUCCUAUGCUCUACAGGUCACUGACAACCUGAACUGGUUUGUGAGGAUGAUCUCGGAACUGGAGACUAAUGUGGUGGCUGUGGAGAGGGUAUCAGAGUACACCAAGACACCAACAGAGGCUGACCUUAUUAACCCCUAUCAUCGUCCCUCACACGAUUGGCCAACAAAAGGUGUGGUGGAGUUCAGAAACUACUCCACUAAGUACAGAAGUGGCCUUGACCUGGUACUGAAAAAUGUCAACUUCAAGGUCAAUGUCUCGGAAAAGGUUGGAAUCGUGGGAAGAACAGGAGCUGGAAAGUCUUCCCUGACUUUGGCACUUUUCCGCUUAAUUGAACCAACAUCCGGUUCUAUUAUCAUCGAUAAAGAAAAUCUCUCUCACAUGGGAUUGCAUGACUCCAGGUCACGAUUAACCAUCCUUCCACAGGACCCCGUAUUAUUUUCUGGGACCCUGAGAAUGAACCUUGACCCGAUGAGUGGGUACACUGACCAGACUUUGUGGGAGGCCCUGGAACAUGCUCACCUGAAGGACUUUGUCCAGACACUACCCACAGGUCUGGAGUACGACUGCGGAGAAGGGGGGCAAAAUCUCAGUGUUGGACAGAAGCAGCUACUCUGUUUAGCUCGGGCACUCUUACGCAAAACCAAAAUCCUGAUCCUGGAUGAAGCUACAGCAGCAGUUGACAUGGAAACAGAUGAACUCAUUCAGAACACCAUAAAACAGGAGUUUCGUGAUUGUACAGUUCUGACCAUCGCACAUCGUCUGAACACAGUGAUAGAUUAUGACAGGAUCAUGGUACUGGACCAAGGUGUAGUCAGAGAAUUUGAUAGUCCCCAGGUAUUGCUACAAAAAACUGACAGCUUGUUUUAUCAGCUGGCAAAGGAUGCUAGAAUUGUUUGAAACAAGGGAUGCUGGGAUUGUUUGAGGCAAAGAAUGCUGGGAUUGUUUGAAGCAAAGGAUGCUGGGAAUGUUUGAAGCGAAGGAUGCUGGGAUUUAUUUCAUCCAGAGUUUUCUAAAAAACUUACAAUCUGAUAUUAUAUAGGAAAUUAACCACAACCAAGAAUGGGCAUUGUGUUUU